UGUUCGGGCGCUCGCUAACUUCUCGCUGAUUGGCUGCUAGGGAAACUUCAGUGAGUUGUGAUUGGCGGUGCUGGGCAGGCGGGUGCCGGUCAGCCUGAAAGGGAAACACUCAGCACGUGCCGACCGUGGAGGCAGCUGUCACUACUGUGUUCCUGCUGUUGUCGCCACUAAAGGCUGUUGCAAGGUGCCACCAUGUCGUCCACGUCCCUGACCGCCGUGAUCCGCAACUUCUAUGAUGAGUACAUGAAGAACACGCCCAAGAAGCUGAAGAUCGUGGAUGCUUACCUCUCCUAUGUGCUGCUGACGGGCAUCCUCCAGUUUGUGUACUGCUGUCUGGUGGGCACCUUCCCCUUCAACUCCUUCCUGUCUGGCUUCAUCUGUACGGUGGGAUGCUUCGUGUUAGGAGUGAGUCUGAGGUUACAAGCAAACCCACAGAACAAGAUGCACUUCAUGGGCAUCUCCCCCGAGCGAGGAUUUGCGGACUUCAUCUUCUCGCACAUCAUCCUCCACCUGGUGACCAUGAACUUCAUUGGCUGAGCUCCACGCGCCGCCACCCUUUAUCAUCCCUUCCACCACCACCACCACCACCACCACCACAGCCUCCUCCGCUGUUGUUGUUGGUGUUCCCGUAUUGUUAUUGGGUUUGACUUAAGUUUAUCAUUUCCUCUCUACCCUAAAUUCUCCUUUCUCCCAGCCUCACUCCCUCCCUGUCCUUUUCCUUUGUCAUGUGUGGCUGGGUAAGAAAACUGUUUAUAUAUUUUUCUAGGGUGUGGUUUCUCCCUUGUCUGGGAUGAUGUGCUGUGCUCCACUCUGUGCAGUCUGAAGCACACGUGAUUUGGUGGUGAUUGUCACAUUGGUUACACAUCUUCUUUUGAGGUUCUUGCAUUAUAUGAGCCAUUUUCUACAAUAGCACAUUCUUUGAUUUGAAAUAAAGUGUAUAUUUAUUACACUAGAUCUAUUUCAAGGACCAACAAGCUUUUUUUCACUACUUGAUAUAUUGAACUUUUUUUUUUUUUUAGAGAGAAUACAUUUCCUUUCCAAUAUGAGCUCAUUCAUGGAGAGUGUGUUGCUGUUCAUAAUAAAACAGACAUCAUAA